UACAAAAUAAUUGUUACAUUUUCUUCCAAUAAUCAAAUGAAUCCUGAUUACACUGAUUUGAGUGCAUGGAACUUAUCAGGACCACAAGAUACCUUUGCUAAUCGAGGCUCAGGUUAUCCUUAUGGAAGUUCAGGAUAUCCAGUUGGAGGACCAGGUUACCCGGUUGGAGGGUCAGGAUUCCCUGGAGAGAGACAGGGAUUUCCAUCAAGUGGAAUAGGAUUUCUGGCAGACGGACAAGGACCCCUUGGAGGACAAGGGUUCCCAGAAGGAGGGCCGGGGUUCAUGGGGGGAGGUUCAGAUUAUACAUCAGGAUACUAUCAAACUCCAUUUUCUGGAGGAUUUCCGCCUUCUGAUCCGACUGGAUUUAUACAUCCACCAACAGGACAGAAUAAUUUAGGAAAUAAUCCUUAUCCUGUUUCACAGUCGUCUGGUUACAUUCCAGGAGCUAAUUAUUUCGACAAAACUACUGGGUAUACACCACAAAAACCAUAUUCAAUGACUAACGAAUUUAACAAUGGAAACAAUUUGGGAACAGAUAACUAUAACUGCCAAUUCAAUUACGGUAAUGAAAUUUUUGAACCAACAGUUAUGGAUGCAAUGAAUUUCGAUCCAGAAGCAGACUGUGAACGUUUACGUAAAGCAAUGGCUGGUUUAGGAACAAAUGAAAAAGAAUUAAUUGCAGUAAUGGGAUUUAGAAGUCCAAAACAACGUACGAUUAUAACAAGAAAAUAUAAAGCAAUGUAUGGCAAAGAUUUAACUUCUAAAUUUGAUUCGGAAUUAAGUGGAAACUUUUAUCAAUGUAUGGUAGCAUUGUGUCGAUCACCAUCGGAAUUCGAUGCAAUGGAAUUACGUAAAGCAAUGCGUGGUGUUGGUACAGAUGAAGAAGUAUUAAUUGAAAUUUUAUGUACUCGAACUAAUCAACAAAUAAGAGAAAUAUGUGAAGAUUAUGCCAAAAUUUACAAAGGUCGUUCCCUUGAGAAAGAUAUAAAAGACGAAACAUCUGGUUAUUUCAAACGUAUCUUAGUUGCAUUAGUCCAAGGAGAUCGAGAUGAAAAUCCAAAUGUUGAUGAAUGUCGAGCACGUAGAGAUGCUGAAGAAUUGUAUAAAGCUGGAGAACAAAGAUGGGGAACAGAUGAAUCAAAAUUUAUUCAAAUUAUCGGUAAUCGAUCAUAUGCUCAUCUACGCCGAGUUUUCGCACAUUAUACAACACUUGGUAGAAGAGAUAUCGAAAGUGCUUUGAAAUCGGAAAUGAGUGGAGAUUUACUACGAGCUAUGCUUACUGUUGUGAGAUGCGUUAUGAAUAAACAGAAAUAUUUUGCUGAGAAAUUAAAAGCUUCCAUGAAAGGUCUUGGAACAGCUGAUUCAACAUUGAUACGUAUAGUUGUUGGACGUUCUGGUAUUGAUUUAGCUCGUAUAAAAAGAGAAUUUGUUAGUAUAACAGGAAAAACUUUAGAGUCAUGGAUAUCUGAUGAUACUAGCGGUGAUUAUCGACGUUUGUUAUUAGCACUCGUCGGUGCAGGAAAAUAACAAUACCACUCAGUAUUAUUAUUAUUAAUAAUAAGAAAAUAACCAGUGAAAAGUAAAACACAACUCAAAAUUCAUUCAAUAGAUUUAUUUUCAUAAAUAAAACUGUUGAACUAUUGAACAUAUCAUAGUUUGAAUGACAUUGACUCAUUUUUUCUUUCUAAACAAAUUUUUUGUUCAUGUGUAUAAUUUUAUCGAGAUUAAUUUUUGUGUUUUUAUUAAGAGAAAUGAAAAAAAAAUAAAAGAGAAAAUAUCAUUUUAUUUUGUUUACCAAAAUUACUACUGACAAAUUUCUACUGAAUAUUUUUUAUUACUGUAAUAACAUUGUUGAUUUUGUUUUUCUCACCAAACAUGAAGUUUAUUUUCUUUUUAUUUGAUGAACAAUUGAACAUGAUUUGAUUUUAUCUUUU